AUGGCCGCCUCCAAACCCUACACUAAGCCUACCCUACCACCAGUCAUUCCUAACAUCACUAUGGUGGGUGCAACGCAAAAUCCACUCCCAACCUACGUCCACAACGCACCGUCACCAGCUGUGCGUCCACCACCUCCACUUUCUAUAGAGCCCUUCGCCACGAUUUAUCCAGUGGAAUCAGAAGCUUGGAGCCAACCACCUCAUUCGCCCAUCCUCAUAUCUUCCCCUAGCAUGCCUCAUACCUUAGUGGGCACCCCUCCAUUUACUCCACCCAUACCACCCUCUGACAGUCUUGUGUCAGAGCGCAAUCUUGAAGAGUUGGCUGAAUUGGCUCGACUGGACAAACAAGAGGUUUUUAAUGCGAUCUUGGCGUCCCUCAAUCAAAGCCAAGAGGAAGAGCAGAUGAUGCGUUCAGACCCACCUAACGCAUCACUUGAGUUAGACGAAGCAGAGCGGUAUGCUAUGAUGCUUGAAGAGGAAUUAGAAGAAGAACAAAGGGAAGAAGAAGAAGAAAUGGAAGAAGAAAAUAAAGAAGGGAGAAUUGGCCCUGACGCAUCUCUACCACGCCCAUCCGAUGUGAAUGAAGGGCCUUUAAGAUAA